UAACGGAUGCUGAGCGAAGUUGACACAAAUACAGAACGAGUCAGAAGCCGAACGUCGCUAUUAUCUCCUGGUGGUGGUAGUUUUAGUGACGGUUUCGCGUGAUUUUUCACCGAAAAACGUUCAGUGCUAUUUUGUACUAGCAACCAUCAAACAAUUCCAUGGGGUAAAACGAUAAAAAAAAAUUGAAGAAAUAAAAACGAAAAGAUAAGAAGUGUGCUGAAAGAUGCAUCAAAGGGCUUUUCUUGGAAGCGGAUGGGCUAGGGGUGGUGUUGCUGGUUCGGGGGUUGUUAGAAGAGCACAUCCCGCUUCCGGAGCUCAAUGGAACGUGCAAGUCGUACGGGGAAAGGUGAACGGGAAAUGUCUGUGGAAUGCGUGCAAAGCUCUUAGUCUUGGAUUGUUACUUAUGGUUUUAGGAGCUGCAAUGGCAACAAUAGGUUAUUAUGCGGAUCAUUUAUCGUUUGCACAAGAAGUACGAGGAAAUCAUACAGUACGAGUGAAAAACGAAUCUCGAGGUUUUCAUUUGAACAAUUUGUCUUAUGCAGGUCCAAUAGUUAUGGGAGUAGGAGGCUUUAUAGUAGUGGCAGCGUGUGUGAUGACAUUCGAAGCAAGAGAUUCUGCCGCCAAAGUGGUUCCUGCCAGAUUUAAAAUGAAUUCAACAACGGCUCCAACAACAGCUGUUACGCCAAGACAUCACAGUUCUUACGGAAAUAGUUACGCAGCUCAUAAUUCCAUCAGACACUCUGGGUCUCAAACGGGAGUUUCGCCCCAUUCGCACGUCGUGUGUCCAGAUAGAAGACUAGUGACACAAUCCUUUUUGCAAUUUUCGAGAGGAUUAGUUUUGGAUUCGUGCCAAAAUAAACCAAAUUCGUUGAGAGCAUCACAGGGUUCGAUUAGUAAAAGCCCUUCGGCGCCGGACUUUUCGCUAUUAGAACAAAACGCUGAAAAAACAUCCCCUUCUACUGCCAGCCAUCGGAUUAUCCACGAGAAACCGUCUCCAAAAGGUACUAGAAGGACUUUUGCAGCAUGUGCAUUGCUUAAUCCGGGUUUACUACACAGACACGCUCUUUCUGUAGACGAAACAGCCGCAUCGUAUAGAUUAAGUCAUGAAUCGUUACAAGGCAGUGGUAGUCAAGGUUCGAUGGCUUUAGAUCUUCACACGGAAUAUCCAGUGACUUUAAGAGUGAAAGAUAGAAGAAGACCACUUAAACGACAACGACGAGUCGACGAAGAAGAGAGACAAAAUGCUCAAGAAUUACCGGAAAGUUUACGAAGAAGUUCGCAUUCGUGUUCGCCCAGAUUACAAUUUCUUCAUCACCGAGACUCAACCACUGGACACGUUUCUGGUGGUUCAGUUUAUCAACUACCCACGCAUUCAAUUCAUUGCCCUUCAUCAUCAUCGAGACGUAGAAGUUCAAACGCUUCCGAUUGCACUCAUCGUGCUCGCACACGGAAAAGGGAUUGUCAUCACAAUGCAAGAGGGAAGCUGGAGAGGGCCAUCAGUUCCGAUUCGAGACUGACAGGAGCGAUUCCAAAAUGUCAUAAUCAUCAUCAUCAUCAUCACGGUCAAAUCUCGAUCGAUCAAGAUGCCACCGUGGGAUCAGAAACUGACAUUCGACCUGUUCGUAUGCUUGAACACAAUUCUUCGGUACAUAGUCAUUAAGUUUCUCGGAGAAAUUGAUAUUAUAUUUGAUUAUUACUAAAAAUGAGAAGAAUUAACGAAAGUUUAUAUAUAUAUUUGAAAGAUGUGCAGGGUGAGUCGUAAAAAUUUAAUAAUAACAUUUUUAAUAUUUCUGUUCUAAUGUAAGUUCAAAAAUAUUGUGUCAGGCAAAAAUCGUAUACAAAAUGUUAUCUUUCUCUAAAAUGUGAAAUUUUUUUGAAACAAACAUUUAAAUUAUCCCAAUUGUGUCAAGCGUAAGAACGUAUUAAUCAGGUGCGGGGAGAGCAGGUUAACAAUUAAAUGUCCAACUUGGCACUUAUCCCUUAAAAAUGACAAGAUGAACAUCAUAUUUGACAUAUCUUUCAGUACAACGCACUUACUCCUUUCUUACAGAUCAUAGGCGGCGGACUAUGACAAAGUGUUAGGAAGUUUGAAAUUACCGGCCAUAACAUAAUUUUAUUAAUUUUCUUUUUUAAUAUUUUGGCAAAUGGGGACCGUUAGGUUAUAUUAUAAUACUCGCUACUCCGCAAUAACCACUUUUUAUUAACUUCAACUCUGGAUAAAAAUGAUAUGUAAAGAAAUAAGUGUUAAUUAUUUCGCAUAUCAAUUUCAAAAAAAACAUUUGAUUAAUGUUGAGAAACGAUUGUAAACAUAUUAAAAGUUGUACCCUUAUGAAAUUUCACUAUAAUUUUAAAAAUGUAAUCUAAAAUUUUUUGAAAUUUGUUUUUUUAUGUAGUUUCAAGCCUAUACUUUCCGUUCCCAAAAAAAUAAAUAGCGCAUAUUUGCGCAUUUUCAAUAAAAUUUCUAAUAUACAGGAUAGUGUCUACGGAUAUUCUCAAGUGAAUACUGAAACUUAGUUUUGAAACUAUCAAUCGUUUACAAUUUUUCAGAAUAACUAUUUUUUAUGAAUUAAUAUUAGUACUAAUUCUAUGAUUAGAUCUAGAACUAGAAGCUUUCGGUCUUUAAAAAAGAGUCACGAUUCAGAUAUCAUGCGUUAAAAUGCCAAACCAGAUGCCAAGAUUUCACAAAAAUUAUUAUCAAGAACACUGCUGCACUUAAAAAUAUUACAAACGACACAAUUCAAAUUAUAGAAUCAAUUAUAUAAUUGGUAUUAUAUGCCUGUGGCAGUGCAUAAAAUUCUUGUGCAUGGCCACUUAAUAAUAAAAUCAUUAAGUAUCCAGAUUGGCCUGCUUUCAGAAGAAGCGCAAGAAAUUCGGCAUAAAAACCUUAGCAGAUAUAUUGAGACUUUUCCAGAAAAAUAUCAAGAAUACACAAUAAUAGAGACAUUUUAAGCAGACUAUUAUAUCUUCAGACCCAAUUAUAACAUCAUUUCAUAGCAAGAAAUCAAAGAAUUGCAACUAAUAUUGAAAUUGUAGAACACAGUGAGGACGAUGAAAA